GUGACAACAUGCUGACAGCUAUCUCUGUGGCCCGAGACUGUGGAAUGAUCCCCCCCAAAGACACAGUCAUCAUUGCUGAUGCCCUCCCUCCCUUUGAUGGACAAGCUGCCAAGAUCACCUGGAGAUACGCUGACAGGCCGAACAAGACAUCUCGCCUGGAGGAAGUAAACAUCAGUCUGGAGGACGUGUGUCAUGUAGAUGAGCCCGAAACACAAGAGCUGUAUCACUUUGCUAUGAACGGAAAGUCAUUUGCUGUCAUCACCGAGCAUUUCCCUGACAUGCUCCAAAAG